UAUGUGAGAAUGGGACGAUGAUGCUAAGCUGCCUGGUGUGGAAGUUUUUGUACAAGAACAUCGCAGCGUGAGAAUAGGAAAGUUCCGUGAACUUCUGUCUCGCCACUGAUUCUGUCUCUGUAUGCAAGACCGACAACCUAAAGCUGUUGUCUCUGCGGUACGACCUCUGACCUCUGAGUGCUACCGUGAGGAUUGAAUUGUGAUCACACAAGUCUGAAGUGUGUCAGAGAAAUAUCGUGACACGCAUCGCAAGAUGUCUUCAGAAGUGGCGAAGAGCUACCUGCCCUUCCCCUGGAUGACAAUGGCUCAGACAAAACACUAUUUCUACAAAGGCUGUGCACAUUUCUAUGUUGCCAUGGCACUACUAGAACAGAAAGACAGUGAAGAUAUGGACAAGUUGCUAGCAGUGUUUGAGAGUUUGUAUCUGGGGACAGAGUCACAAGAUGAAAACAAUGGAUUGCAAACACCUCAGUCUGAAGAAGAGCGGAAAAUUUUAGGAAAAGUCCACUUACAGGAGGCAGUUCAAAGCCACGAAGAGGGGCUAAGAGUUCAUGACCUUUGUAAGCAAAUGCGAAAGACUGACACAUUUCAUGAUAUUCUACAAAAAGUACACGCAAGGUUUUUCUUUGGGAUUUUCUUUUGGAUUUCUUUUGUGUUUUAUUUUACUUUUGGUUGAUCUUCGUCUACUCGUCUUAUCCGCCUGGGGUUCCUGACCAGCGCUGAGUUGGAUAUAACUUUAAGAAGUGGAAACUUUGUGUACUUUUCAUGUGGAUAUAUGGUGUAUCUUACAAGCGGAAACGUUGUGCUGUUUCAAGUGAGACUUUGAGAGGAACUGUGCAAGAAGAGUGAAUAUUUUUGAAACUUUGGAAGAAACGUGUGUUCGAACUGUGGGGUUGGGAAAUUAGG